GACUUACUUGGAGAACUUUUUUCAAGUGACAUUUUACGGCCACAUCGUCUAGUUUCAACACCUAAGCAGCUCUCGUUCGACAUACCACCAUCGCCAGUACCAUCGCCAAAGUCGAGCUGCGUCUCCACCUCCGGUUCCUAUCACCUUUUUGAAAGGCCGGCAAGAGCCGUACGUGUCCGGAAGGAGCCUAUGCGUUAUCGACUGGCGAAUCUCCAACAGCGAUCGAAUUCCGAGUCUCUAUUCGCCAUUUCACCGCCGGUUGAUCAUAGCAGACGCCUGAGCGUCGCUCAUUUGCCCUACAAAGACCAGGCUUUGCUCAGGAAAAUUCUUGGACCUCAGGGUUUGAGCUGGAUUGGCAAUGAGAGAGAUGUCGCCUCGAAGAAAUCGGUUUCUAUAGCGUUCUCAAACGAUUUGGAAGCACAGAAAGUAGGCGAUGAUUCAGAGGUCCCGCUUAUGGAAGGGAAUGAAGAAAUGAUAAGUGGUGGGCGCUUGAUCAAACGUGAAUUUUUGCAUGAGAGACGGCGGCAUAUGAGCGAUCGGGCGCUCUUUUUCGCAGUCGUUGGAAUAGAUUUUCUUUUUGCCGAAAUAUUUAUAACACGAUCGCCGCAGUUGUUUCAGGGUUCUUUAUCGAGUUUAUGUCUAAAAUCACUGAUAAUCGGGUCCACGAUAGUUCUCCUAGUUUUCGUCGCUUACUUUCAUAUCAUAGAAGUGCAGCUGUUUAUGAACGCGAAUGCCGCGGAUGAUUGGCGAGUGGCGCUAACAUUGCGAAGAUUGGCUCAGAUAGGUGCGGAACUCUUUCUAUGCGCUCUCUGCCCGCUACCAUUCGAGAAAUUCAUGGUAAAACUGUUCAGCUCUUCAUUCACUAAACGUCUUCGUCUCGAUUGCGAUGUUCUUCCGACUCUACUGGCUCUGUCCGUUUUCGAAUUUUGUGCAUUCAGACUGUUCACCGAUGCGAGCAGCCGAAGCAUUGCCGGUCUGAACCGUGUUAAUUUCAAUGCGCGUUUCAUUCUCAAAACACUCAUGACUCUUUGUCCAGGAAAAAUGCUGAUGAUAUUCACAGCUUUUCUUUGGGUAAUGGCUGGUUGGAUUCUUCGUUUGUGUGAAAGGGAUUAUGUCAGAACUAAUCACAGAGCAAGGGAUAUGGACUAUAUCUCAUCUAUAUGGAUGGUGGCAAUUACAUUUCUUUCCGUCGGUUAUGGAGACAUUGUACCUCACACGAAUUGUGGUCGCACGAUGGCCGUCAUCACGGGAAUCCUGGGUACAUGUGCCUCAUCGAUGGUCGUGGCGGUUGUAGCUCGUAAACUGGAACUGACCAGGGCCGAGAAACAUGUGCACAACUUCAUGAUGGAUACGCAGCUCACGAAGAAGUUAAAACACUCGGCGGCGAAUGUUUUGAGAGAAACGUGGCUCAUCUACAAAUUCCGUAAGAAAGUCGAGAAAGUGGAUUAUGCAAGAAUUCGGCAGCAUCAGCGGAAGUUCCUGGUCGCCAUUUAUGAAAUGCGUAAAGUGAAGAGAGAUCAGCGGAAGUUGGCCGAGAACUUUGUCUCCCUUGGUGAUGUGGCAAAGACAUCGUCGAACACAUACGAUCUGAUUCAAGACGUCCACUCAACGCAAGAAGGCCUCUCCUUGCGAAUCACCGCCAUCGAGCACCAACUGAGCGACAUCUCGCGCGAAAUAAGCGCCCUCGCGGAGAUGUUGAGAUCGCGGAAGCGAAGCGAGACGAGCGAGAGUGACCACAGUCCGUCACACAACACUGCCACUGUUCGAAGACGUCGCGAGUGCGUCAUGCCGUCGUAA